GUGCAAACGAUGCCGUCGCUUGUUUCUCGCGAUUAGGGCUUUUGAUUUUGCUGGCUUGGCGGAGGCGGCAGCAGCCCCCCGCCAUGAACAGAACAUCUCAGGUUUAGCUCAAGGAAUUUAGCGGCCGGCGUUGUUUGGGAGGAGAAAAAGAACUAGGGCGAGAGAGAUGGGGAAUCCGAAGCAGAAGUGGACGGCGGAGGAAGAAGAGGCUCUGCGAGCUGGGAUAGCCAAACACGGCACAGGUAAGUGGAAGAACAUUCAGCAAGACCCGGAGUUCAACCCCCACCUCUCCACUCGCUCCAACAUCGAUCUCAAGGAUAAAUGGCGGAAUAUGAGCGUCGGCUCCGGCGAGAAAUCGCGGACGCCGAAACCCAAAGUCGCUGCCUCCGAUGCUGUCGUGGCUGCAGCUCCGUUGCCCAUUGCUCAAGCUCCCGCUCCCACCCCAGCUGCUGCUCCAGCUCCAGCUCCUGUUCCUGCUCUUGUUCCUGCUCCUGCUGCUGUUGCCCCUCCUAAGGCAGAAGUAACCAUGGAGGAAGCUGCCAAACCAAUUAUUGUACCUGAUGUGAAAAUUGCCUCCAAGUAUGAUCCAAUGAUAUUUGAAGCAAUUACGGCCUUGACUCGAGUUGAGACAAAUGUUGUUGAUAUCAGUGCAAUUAUCAGCUUCAUCGAGCAAAGGCAAGAGUUACCACAAAAUGGUAGGAAGCAAGUAACUUCUAGGUUGAGGCGCUUGGUUCAAAAGGAAAAACUUGAAAAGAUUCAAAAUUCCUAUAGGUUUAAGGAAAGUAACCCAGCUACAGCUCCUGUUAUGAAAGCACCUUCUCCGAAGAAGGAAGCUCAGCCUAAACAGUUGCAGAGCACUGAUUCGGUUACCUCAGAUGAUACAGUGGAAGAAGCAGCAGUGUCUGCUGCCUACAGAAUCGCCGAAGCAGAGAACAAAUCCUUCGUUGCUGCUGAAGCUGUGAAGGAAGUGGAAAGGAUUUUGAAAAUUGCUGAAGACACAGAAUCAAUACUGCAACUUGCCAACCAGAUAUUUGAGAAAUGUUCACAGGGGGAGAUUGUAAUCUUAUCAUGUGAUGCGAGUUGAACGCCAGGGGAAACUGAACGGAAACUGAACGUUCUCGUACUAAGGUGCAUUGUAAAUACUGUGUGUAAUUUCAGUAGAGAGGCUCAUCAGGGCUAAAUUUUGUGACCGAUUCUCUAGUCUAGUCUAGUAUAUAUAAACGUAUUCUUUCCCCUAUAUAAUGCUCUGCUGUUCAUGCAGCAAACCAUUUGAUUAAGCUUUCCUGAAGUUGGGACCCGAACCAAGUGGAAUUCCUUACUGCAAUCGUGUUAUCGUUAGUUCAAAAAUCAAUUAAUUUGAGCUUCCAUAUAUCUCAUUGAUAGGGCUAACUGUGAGAGUGAGACUGAGAGGGUUCUUUAAGCUAACUAAGAAUGCAGUCCACUAAACCUAACCGGUGGAAUUUAUCGGUGGUUUGGUUUUUAGUAUUGUUCUAGCUAGAUUGUUACCAUGCUUGCAAUGUUUUUAUUAUAUUGUUUUUUUUAACACAAAAAAUACAAAGGUUGUUUGAUUGAUUGAUGUGACAGAAACAAUUAAAAUGAAUAAUUGUACAAUCUAAAUUUUUAGCUGAAGCAGUCAGUAUUGCUUAAUUGUG